CCUGUACUCCCCCCAGGGAUGGAGACCAACCCACUUCUCUUGCCCGUCAGGUUCCCAGAGCUAGACCAGCCCAGGUUCAGCAAGGCUCUGCGCACAGCCGCCUUUGUCUACCCCUUCCUGUUUGACAACCUCCCGCUGUUCUACAGGCUGCAGCUGUGUUGGGGCAGGGCCCACAGCUGUGGGCAGGAGGCACUGAGCUCCAGCCACGCCUACCACCUCCUCUGUGCUCUGCUCACGGGCUUCCUUUUCGCAGCCCGUCUGCCAGAGCGCCUGGCACCUGGGCGCUUCGACUAUAUUGGCCACAGCCACCAGCUGUUGCAUAUCUGUGCAGUGCUGGGCACCCAUUUCCAGCUGGAGGCAGUGCUGGUUGAUAUGGGAUCCCGCAGAGCCUGGCUGGUCAUACAAGAACCCACCCUUGGUCUGGAGGCUACCGUGGCCACACUGAGCCUGGCAGUGAUUGGGAACCUGCUCAUCAUCGCUGCCUUCACAGCCUCUCUGCUUCGGAUCCCUGGAACCUGUCCCCUGCUGCAGGGUAACCCGCUAGGAGCGGGACUCCAGGCUAAACAAGAGUGAGGCCCAUCUCCGGGACUGGCGUGGAGGGAGGCAGAGGCCAGGCCUCACUGCUGUGGAGGGGCCCUGACAGGGGCCUGAGAAGGCAGAGGCUGUUCUGAACGGAGUGGCUGAAGAGAAGAGGAAGUCUAGGGGGCUGGUGGAAGGACAGGACCCUAGAGGCAAGUAGUGAAGGCCAGUAAGUGGAGACAGGUACCCA